CCUCCCCGCACCCCUACUCUUCCCACCCCUCCCCUGUUCCUAACUCCCACUCCCCGCCAGCCCUUUUCCUUAAAGCCGCAGUCGCCCACGUCUGCACGGGCGGGAGCCCCACCGCGCCACACCGCCACCGUGGUCCCCGUCUCUCCCUGGCCCCGCACGCGGCAGCUCUCUCUCUCUAUAGCUCCUGGCUUUGAAAAUGGAAAUGCGUUUGAAAGUAAAGAAAUGCGCGCAGGCGCGAGCAGAAAAGCGAAACUUGUUGCUCUCAAAGGCGAGAGAACAGUUCUUCUGAAGGUGUUAGAAAGCUUGAAGAGCAUCUCCAAGGCGUCCUCUGGGCUUUGUUUGCUAAACCAGCGCGCGAGACCCUGUGCUCCGGGUUCUGCAAUGCCGAGAAAGGUCUUGCAUCCGAGAGCCAGUCUUGCCACGGGUCACGGCCACAACAGCGGUGGAGACGAGGAUGGAAACGGCCAUGGAGAAGUCCGUGGCCCGAGAGCCUCGGCAGAGUCCGCCGCGCUGCAGGGAAGGUCUGAAUGGAACUUAAUCCUCUGAAAGUGGUAACACACCGAGGUCAUUUGCAAUGUGAACGUGCUACAUUGGACGGGAGAAUUCUGACACUUAAGCCCCGCAAUUUAAAAUAAAUUGAAAAUGUUUUAAAA